AUGCUGCAUUGGAAUAUCCAAAGCAAACUGAGCGUCUCGCUCCUGGUGCUGAGCGCCUCAACAUGGGGUAGCUCACAAGGAACUCCACCAACAAUCGAAUACACUGCAUCUCGCGGCGGAAGUGUGAAGUGCCUCAGCGAGGUCAACGCUGCACGCGAGGCAGCUGGGUUGCCCAGCUUCGGAGAGGCCUCAGGGGAACAACAAUUGAGCGAUCCAGGCAAUUCAGAGCUCGAGGCAGACACCGAGUGGAGAAAACUCUGCGAGCAUUUGAUUCCAACGCAAACAGAACCUGUAGAGACGGCAGCUGCAGCGAAACCAUUUGAGCAAGGAACAUAUGCGUUCAAGUCCCUAACCGCCGAGGAACCUAACUGCAAGGAGACAGUUGAUUACUGGAAGUCAGCCUUCAAAAAUUUCUCCGGACUGCCGCCAUCAAAGAGUCAAGCUGGAGGGCUCUACAACAGCCAAGACAACGUUUCUUUUGUAGCAUUGUACAACCCGUCAUCCGAUGCCACUGCAGAUUGCCGGGUUAUCACUUGCAUUAAAACCACAACUCCUGGAGAAGCAGUCGUAAACAGUGAUCCACAACCAAGCACGGAAAAUGGCUACGCAAUAAUUUGCAAGACAAUGCCUACGGCUUUCACAAACAAUGAUUCUGCUCCAUUCACGCAGGAUCAGUGGGACGGGAUCGCAUCAUCGCUCACGGGGUCAGCUGCAAUCGUCUUCCCAGGUUUUGGUGUAUUCUUAAUCACAGUGCUAAGUAUGACAGCAUUGUGA